CGUCAAAAGGUUGUGGUCGUCCACGGCCUUGGCGGCAUUGGCAAGACACAACUAGCAGUAGAGUUUGCACGAGAGCAUCAGGACCAUUUCAGCGCAGUAUUCUGGAUAGAUGGGUCGUCAGAAGCCAGCCUGAAACAUUCGUUUGUCGACAUAGUGCAGAGACUUCCACGCGGUGAGCUAACGGCUGACGGCGUACAGAUGAUCAGCCAGACCGUUGUAGAGGCUAACGUGGCGGUGCGCGAGUGUGAGCAGUGGCUGUCUAUAUCUUCAAACUCUCACUGGCUGCUAAUUAUAGACAACGUCAACUGCGACUAUAGCGACCGAGACGAGUCGCUGGCAUACAAUGUGAAGGACUACUUCCCAAAUGCAGAUCACGGGUCAAUUCUGAUCACGACUCGGCUGGCCAGUCUGCAGCGGAUCGGC